UUAAUAACCAUACAUGCUACGUACCCCUUGCGUCAACACGCACCAGGCGUGUUAGUAUAUUUGUCCACAAAUAUACUCAUUUCCGGUAAGAGUUGCAGAAGCGGAAACAGACUUCCAUCCAAACAUUGUAUGCCUUAAAUGGAACAAGACAGCUGUCAAACUCUUGAACGCGCCAAUGUUGAGUUUAAAAAACGCAAUUUCAAGCAGGCAGAAGAACUAUAUACAAAGUUCCUCGCGUCAUGCUGGGAAACAAGAAAUUGUGAUGCCAGUGACAUUGCUACUGCUCACAACAACCGUGGGCAGAUAAAGUACUUCAGGGUGGAUUUUCGUGAAGCAAUGGAGGACUACACUUCUGCAAUUGAGGCCAACUGCCAGUUCGAAGUAUCAUUCUACAACAGAGGACUAAUUCGUUAUAGAUUAGGUUUUUUCCAAGACGCAGAGAUGGACUUCAAGAGGGCCCUAGAACUCAACCCUAACUUUGAAGAUGCCAAAGUGAGCUUACAGCAAACACUGUUGGACCAAGAGCACAAGAUCAAUAGGGGAUAUUGAGAAUGUAUUAGGUUUUCCCCUUAGCUACACUCUAAUGACAAAUCUCAAAGUAAUUGCCAGUAUGUCUGCAAUUUCUAUAAGUACAAAAAUGUGUCCAUGUAUGAUAUGUUUUAAGAAUGUUUUUUUGGGGAUUAAGGUCAAUUAUUAGAUUAUGGUAAAUAUAAAGUGUAGAUUCACAACAUACCCAUCCUUAUCUAAGAAUUUAACUCCAGUGUUUGACAACAAUGACCUCCGAUGCACUGAUACUAAUAAAGAUGAUAAUGCUGUAAUGUAUGCAGCACAUCAAAUUUAUUUAUAUAGCCCUUCUUACAUCAGCUGAUAUCUCAAAGUGCUGAACCGAAACCCAGUCUAAAAUCCCAAACAGCAAGCAAUGCAAAAACUCCCUAGAAAGGCCAAAACCUAGGAAGAAACCUAGAGGAACCAGUCUGAGGGGUGGCCAGUCCUCUUCUGGCUGUGCCGGGUGGAGAUGUUCAAAUGCUCAUAAAUGGUCAAAUAAUAAUAAUCACAGUUGUCGAGGGUGUAACAAGUCAGCACCUCAAGAGUAAAUGUCAGUUGGCUUUUCAUAGCCGAUCAUUGAGAGUAUGCUCUACCGCUCCACAUGUUUUUUUAACCCUUGGGUGGUGUACAUGUUUUUGUUAUUCACCCAAUGUUCCUGGGACCCACAACAUUACUGGGUUUUUAAAAUGAUACAGCAUAACAAUAUAUGUAAAAAUACUUACUGUAGAUGUUGACAAUCAAUUGCAAGCAAUAUAGACUGCAUAUAUGGUUAAUAUUUGCCAUUUACCACUGCUAGAUCACAUUUACCAAUAAAAACACUAUUUAAAAAAAAUA